UCUCACGUACUUCAUCAAAACGGAUCUCAGAAACGUAUCCUUCUCUCCCGCAGAAACGGAUCCACCUCCCUCAGUCCCUCUUCCCCAGGCCAGCCGCGGCGCCCUCCUCCUCCUGCAAGGCCGCGUUGUCAUCUCCACCUCCUCCCCGUCGCCCGCGUGCGCCGCCGCCGGCUCGCUGCUCCGCCCCUUUGUGCUCCGCGCUCUGCUCCGGCGAGAUCUCCUGCUCCCACCCUCCCGCGGUGCGCGGCGCGUCCAGCUCCCCCACCCCACCACCCCCUGCGGCCCGCGGCACGUCCAGCCUCGGCUACCUCGAGACCGGCUCCAAGACUCACUCCGGCCGCGGACACGAGCAGGGACGCCCCCUCCGCCGGCGAGAUCUCCCCGUGCCCACCCUCGCCCAGGUCCCGCGCCACCGCGUCGGCUCCAUCCUAGACCCUAGCUGGGCCCCGGCCGACGGCGAGGCCGGCUCUGCCGCGCGGAGGCGGCGCAGGAGGGAUGCUGCUUCUGCGCGUAUGCUAUUUGCAAAAAUAACCUAUUAUUUAAUUUACACCCCUGGAUCCAAUCGACUGUGGCCGAUCACCAUUCGCCCCCCGUGGCGAUUCGCUCCUCAUGUUCCCGCUGCUUUCGCACCUUCUUCGGCGCCGCGUCCUCGCCGCAGCCCCUGAACUCCUCGCCCCUCUCUUCUUCCGCUCCCACUCCACCGUCGCCGCACCGGCAGCCCGCAAACCAACUACCGUUGUGGCCGUCCUCUGGGACCUAGCCGCGUCGCGUCCCCCAACCACGCUGCCCCUCUACGACGCCGCCGUGCGCCUCCACCUCGCCGCCACCUCCUUGGGCCGCCUCCGCCUCUCCGCGGCCUUCGUCCACCCGACCCACCGCCUCCCGCCCCCCGCCGCCACGACCCACCUCUGCCGCGUUUGCGGGCGCCGCUUCCGCACCCGUGACGUUCUGCUGCGCCACUUCGACGCCAUCCACGCCCGCGAGCACGCCAAGCGCCUCGCCCGCAUCGACUCCUCCCGUGGCGACCGCCGUGUGCGCCUCGCAGCUGCGCUCUCCCUCAAGCUCUCCAAGUACGAGAAGGCCGCCCGCGAGCUCACCGCGGGCGCGGACACCGCCGCCACCCCUGCCGACGAGCUCGGGCGCGCCGGCAUUCGUGUUGCGCUUACCAGCACGCCCGCCGCGUCCCUCCGGGAGCGCGCGCAGCAGGUGCUCGACGAAGGGUCCGUGGGGUGCCUGAUGCUGGUCUCUGGCAAGGCCGACCUCGCCUCCCUGCUUCGGGUGGCGAGGGAGAGGGGCGUGCGAUCGGUGGUGGUCGGCGGGGAGUCCAGGCUGGCGAGGUGGGCCGACGUGGGGUUCAACUGGGCGGAUAUCAUCUCGGGGAAAGCCAGGAACGCUGCGCCGUCAGUGUCCGUCAAGUGGCGGGACAUGGACGUGCUCAAGGGGCUGGAGUGGAGGUACGAGGAGGUAGACGACGAGGAAGAGAUGGUGUUCGAGGACAGCGACGGUAAUGGCGUCGAGGAGUUGGCACGCAGGGCGAAGGGGAAGCCGUGGUGGAAGCUGGACUUCGACGACGAGAACUCCAACGUUAGUGGUUGAACGACGAUGAUUUGGCCGGAGUGUGUUUGCCCGUUUGCCGCUUGGAAUCCGUCAAAGGAAGUAUGGAUAUCAUGGGCUCAUGGUCAUGGCACAGCGCACAACAGAGUCAUCGGUCAUGAGAUCAUGGAAGUGUAGAAACAAUUUGUGCGUAAUUGUAGUGGUCACCGCUAUCAAUUAUAGAAGUGUAGAAACAAUUUGUGCGUAAUUGUAGUGUUCUCCGCUAUCAAUUAUGCAAUCUCUAUCUCUGCAUUCUGCAGACAACCAAAUUUGAUUACAUUCUAAAAGGUUCGGUACCAUCCAGCGGAUCAAACCAAAUGUGCUGCCGCGGAGCAAGCGCUUAAAAUGAAGAAACGGCCAGUACUCUCCAUAGGGAGGAAUAAUGUCAUCACAGGAGUUGCGAAAAUAAUAAAUACACACUUCAAGAAGCAUCCUCUUGCUAUUGUGAACAUAAAGAACAGAGCGGAUGGGAUGGGACUCCAAUCCAGCAGCUGACAGAACUGGAGGAGGCGACAGGAUCGGUUCUAGUGUCACAAGAAACGAACAAAGUGAUUUUUGUACAGAGGUUGGGGAGCAGAACUGGCCCAGAAAAGCUCAAAGGAAAAUAGUACAGAUGAAGAAAAGGAGGUGAUAUCACCUCAGCUCCUGGAGGCGAUCAGGUUAGAGUGUGGAUUGCUCCCUGGCGAGUCAGGAUAGCUGGAUGCCAGAGUAACCUCCCCACAGAUCAUGUUUUGAAAAUGGAUCGUGCAAUCAUUGCUCGUGGAUAAAUGGAUCAUACUCGUAUAGAGGACAUAUAUGCAACGAGAACUGAAGAUGCAUAAGAGGAAAGGUGUGGAACCCUGCUCACUGACGCAGUUGUGCUCAUGCUGUUGAAGUGUCGAUGCGCAUUUGUUGGUCGCCGUCGCAAUUGUUGGCGACUGCGCAUCUUUCCUCUCUUUUUUCUCUUUUUUCUGGGUGGCCCUUGAUGCAAAUCAUCCAUUCGAGGAUUUUCUGUGUUGUGCAGAUAAGAACACAGACAUGGACAUGUUUAGCUGUGCUGUCGUAUCUUCUUCCAAGUACUCCCUCCAUUGUAGAAUUUAAGUCAUUAUUGUAGAAUUUAAGUCAUUGGAUGGUUUAAAA